AAAGGUGUAGUGGUACAGAGAAGUGAUGAUAGAUCGUACAUUGUAGAGACCGCUGAAGGAACUAGAUAUCGCCGUAAUCGGUAUCACCCCAGAAAGACUGCAGAGUCAGCUCCUGUACAAAGUGAAGUCGGGGAAGUUGAUAUUGAAACAGACUGCGAAAGUCCCAAGGAGGAGAAUGGAAUCGUAGAAAAGUUACCAAGUCCAGGCUUGGAACCGAUGAGAAAGGAACCAGGAACACUUAGCCCAGCCAAACAUCAGCCUGAGACUUCUAAGCCAGUACGUCCACAACGUGUACGCAAAACACCAGCAUAUUUUGCUGACUAUGCACUGGGAUAAACAUGAUAAACGUUAAAAUUGACAAUCUUAAAGUGUCGACACAGUCACAGACUCCUUAAGAGCACUGACAUCCGAGCCAGAGAUACAACGGAAGGCGGAACUGCAAAACGGGGAGGAUGUUACAAUAGGUACUAAAUAUACGUUAUAAUACGAUUACUAGUUAAUAUUAAUAAUAGGUUUGAUAUUAAGUUACUGUGAUUGACAAAUGACUGGGGAUACAAAGAAACACAAUAUAGGAAUUAAGGCGUGGAAACAAAGGCCGAGACUAGAGAGUUUGUAUGUUAUGCAAGGUUGAUAUUAAAAAGUUUGAACGUUGAGUACUUGAAACACAAGUUACUGGUGACAAACAACUGCAACGCCUAAAGACCUGCAAGAAAGAGAUCGUUUCGUACACAGGAGAACACCGUAAAAUCACCGGAAGAGCCAAAUUGCCGGUGUGGUUCGGAGAUCAGCAAAGAACAUUGAACUUUAACAUUAUUCACGGAGAUUAUCAACCAGUUUUAUCAUUAGAUACAAGCAUCGCUCUUGCCGUUGUCAAUUUGACCAACUGUGAUAUUUUGGCACUGACAAUAAAGCCUCCAGAAGACAACUCGUAUGUUGCAGAAGAGUAUGCCGACGUUUUUGAUGGCCUGGGCGAGAUACCAGGAGCUCACACGAUAACUAUAGAAGAUACGGCGAAGCCAGUUAUCCAUGCCCCUCGACGUGUUCCAGUCGCAUUACGAUCUCAAAUAAAAGCCAAACUAGAUGAGUUAGUCGACCGAAAAGUCAUUGUCCCUGUCACAGAACCCACUCGUUGGGUAUCCAGUAUGUUGGCAGUCGUCAAGCCGAACAAGAUCCGUAUAUGCAUCGACCCGCGAGACCUAAAUCGUGUUAUACGACGCGAACAUUACCAACUACCCACUGUAGAUGAAGUCACUUCAAGAUUAACGGGUGCCAAGAAAUUCACACUCUGCGAUGCUAAGGACGGAUUUCACCAAAUCAAACUUGACACGGCUUCGAGUUAUUUGACAACGUUCAACUCCCCUUUCGGACGGUACCGUUGGACUCGCAUGCCAUUCGGAAUAUCGAGUGCACCCGAAGUUUGGCAAAGGCGAAUGCAUGAGUUUGCUCAAGGUCUUAAUGGAGUUGAAGUCAUAGCAGAUGACUUCCUUAUCGCGGGAUUUGGAGAAACUGGAGAGGAGGUCGAUCGAAGCUUGGAAACGAAUGAACGGGCAUUUUUCAAGAAAUGUCGUGAGUGGAACCUCAAGCUGAAUAAAUCGAAGUUGAAGCGAUCACAGACAGAAGUCCGUUUCAUGGGACACCUCAUUACCGCUGAUGGCCUCAAAGCUGAUCCAGCAAAAGUCGAAGCGAUCUUAGACAUGCCUGCCCCAACUGACACAAAAGGCCUCAAAAGAUUUCUCGGGAUGGUAAACUAUUUGGCAAAAUUUUUACCUUUAUUGUCGGACAUGACCGAACCGCUGAGAAGACUUGAAGAUAAGGAUGUAGAGUGGUGUUGGCUCGAACAACACCAGCAAGCCUAUGACACUGUCAAGAAGUCUCUAGCCAAAGCGCCGGUCCUGAGAUACUACGAUGUCAGCAAGGAAGUUACUAUUGAAUGUGAUGCUAGUGACACUGGCCUAGGUGCUGUCUUAACGCAAGACGGACAACCCGUUGUUUUUGCUUCGAGGGCACUUACAGAUACAGAAACUCGUUACGCCCAGAUUGAAAAAGAAUUACUAGCGAUUGUCUGGGCAACAAGCAAAUUCGAUCAGUAUAUCCUCGGCCGAGAAACCGUUACCAUAGAAUCCGAUCAUGAACCGCUUAAGGCAGUUUUCAUCAAACCUAUACAUAGCUCGCCUAAACGGUUGCAGAGAAUGCUGCUGGCCCUCCAAAAUUACAAUCUCAACGUGCAGUACAAGAAAGGCAAACUCAUGUGGAUAUCGGACACCCUGAGUCGUGCAUAUCGGAACACAACAGAAUCUUGGCGUCAUGACACGACUGAGGUACGAGCCCUGGAAGAGAUCGACCAUGCAGAGAAUCUGUCUAUUUCUCCAGACAGACUCGACCAGUUCAAGCGCGAGACACCGUCAGAUAAAACCAUGCAGAGUAUCAUCGUCGCGGUAAAGAAUGGCUGGCCUACAUCCAAGAGACAGUGCAGCCAGGACUUGGCACCGUUCUACGACAAAAGAAGUGAACUAGUAGUUGAUAAUGGACUAGUUUUCGCUGGAGAACGUUUAGUAGUCCCAAAAUCAAUGAGAAAAGAAAUGCUGACGCAGAUUCACCGAUCUCAUAUUGGCAUAGAAGGAUGUCUUCGGAGAGCCCGUGAGGUAUUAUAUUGGCCACUCAUGAACGCAGAGGUUAAAGAUUUGAUUUCUAAAUGCCCAACAUGCCAGGCGUAUCAACCGGCACAAUGUCGUGAAGAAUUAAAACCAUACCCAAUACCAUUCCGUCCCUGGGAAACGGUCAGUAUGGACCUUUUUGAGCUUGGAAAACAACACUUUAUUCUGCUCGUAGACCACUGGAGUGGAUUCUUCGAGGUCCAAGAACUUACGAGAACUACCGCUGAUAAAGUCAUAGUAGCCUGCAAAGUCCAGUUUGCACGACAUGGAAUCCCAGAUACAGUGAUAACAGACAACGGACCUCAGUUUUCUGCCACAGAAUUUUCAGCAUUUGCAAGAGAUUGGCAGUUUAAGCAUCUAACUUCAAGCCCUCGUUACCCACAAUCUAAUGGCAGAGCAGAGAAUGCGGUCAAGACUUGCAAAAUGCUGAUGACAAAAGCCAAAGCUGCUGGUCAAGACCCAUUGUUAGCAUUUUUAGACUGGAGAAACACCCCCACAGAAGGUCUGGGAUCAUCACCUGCCCAAAGGUUGAUGGGGCGACGUACGCGAACACUGUUACCGACUCACAAAAAUCUCCUUAAACAACCAAUCAACGAAGGCACUAGAGAUAAACUGGCUGCUCGGAAAUCACGACAAAUUCGCCAUUAUAACAAGACGCACCAUCCUCUUAAGCCAUUAAAAAAAGGUCAAGCUAUACGAAUGAAAUUACCAAAUGCAACAAAAUGGACCCUUGGAACGUGUACCAGGGUCUUGGAUAACAGAUCGUACGAAGUAGAGGUGAGUGGAAGGAAAUACCGACGAAACCGCCGACAACUCCGAGCAUCGCAAGAAAGACCUCCAACACCACCAGCUGGUAUGAUCCUGAGAUUGGACCUGAGCAAAGCAGUAGGGAACCCGAGAACAGUUCGAUUGUGAAUGAACCCAAUCUCGAACACGUACCACUAUUAGACGGUGAAACCUCCGCUGAGACCAUUGGAAAUCUACCACGCCGAUCUACGCGUACAAAAUAUACACCGGUGCACGUGUGGCACAAGGACUAUGUCAUGAAGUGAACGCUCUCAACUAAAACGUUAAGUACCAGUACUUUAUGCAUAUAUAUACAAUUCUAUAUUAUACAGUAGUUUCAUAUUUUGUUAAAGGGGAAAAGAUGUCACGAUGUUAUUAGGUGACGUCACGAUGACGAAAACAUUAAUUUGAUUGACAGGCGCGACGAGCGAGGCGUACAAAAAGUAACACAAGCUAGGCGUUUUACAUAUUGUAAACAAAUGACUAUUUCUCUCGAUUUCUUGUUAAUCAGAAACUAUAUCGUAAUAAACUAACACGUUACAAAAUGCUGUCAAUUUUUCGAUUAAGACUAUUCUACAAUGACGUACUCUUGGAUACUGUAAUCUCAAUACAUAUGAAAACGAAGAAGUGGCAUUCUUGCUUGGCUGUUCUUCUUUAUCUCCUGGAUUAUCUGUUUCAUGCACCCUUCUUCUCUUUAAAUUUUAAAAUGUAAUGAGCUCCGAGUGACUUGGAGAUUGUCAUUUGACGCUGUAAUCAUCGAUUCUUUCUUCUCAACAAUUUGGUAUUUCUGAUGCUCAUAAGGAGUUUGCAGUUUAUCUUUCUUUGAGUUUCUCAGCAGGACUGUAUCACGGAUUUUGAAUUCAGAAGGCUUACCUUUGUUUCGUUUGUCAAAGUAGAUGACAGUACAUGAUGCAUCAAAUGCUUGUUGAUGGUUUGAUUCAGCGGGUGCUACAUGUUGAAUGACCGCAUUAUUGAGCCUUCGAACUCCAUCACUUAUUAAACGAAACCGAUGUGCCGAAAAACGCUGUGAGAAUCUUUUUAUUAGAUUUCUCCAAAGCUUUUGAUCAUAUUGAUCAUAACAUCUUCCUCAGUAAAUUAUCUGAUAUGGACGUUCCAUCAUUAAUAACAAACUGGAUAAGAAGUUUUCUUACUCAACGAAGCCAACGGGUCAGAAUGCCCCCAUUGGGUGUCAGAAUGGCAAAUACUCAACGGUGGAGUACCCCAGGGAACUGUUUUAGGCCCAAUCCUCUUCCUAAUCAUGAUAAAUGAUCUCCUCGCUGAUUGGAAAGACCGAUGGAAAUACGUUGACGACACCACCACUACCGAAACCAUUGGCCCAGAUUGUAACAGCAACCUUCAAGAACUGGUUAAUUGCAUCAAUAACUGGACUACGAGUAAUAAUAUAAAAUUAAACAUUGGAAAAUGCAAAGAACUGGUUAUUGAUUUUGCAAACAAGAAGCAUUGCUUUCCCCCUUUAACAGUCGAUAAAGUUAAUAUUGAACGAAAGAAAUCUGCCCGUAUCCUUGGCCUCACAGUUCAAGAUAACAUGAAGUGGAAUGAACAUAUAAACAACAUAGUUAAAAAAGCUAGCAAGAGGCUCUAUAUGCUAAGACUGCUAAAAAGGUCCAACGCGUGUAUUGACACGUUAAUUACUGUAUAUACUACCAUUAUUAGGCCUGUUUUGGAGUACGCAUGCCAGGUCUGGCAUUACAAUAUCCAACAAUAUUUAUGUGACGAUAUUGAAAAAAUACAAAAACGCGCGUUGAGAAUCAUCCUCCCAUCGCAAAAGUACGACGAAGCGCUGAUCACGACUAACAGCACGUCACUGAGAGAUCGCCGAGAAAAAUUAUGCGAACAUUUCUUUGAGAAGAAUAUUGACAAUGAAAAUCUCAAAGAUCUUUUACCACAAACAGUUUUAGGCCGUUUGCCGUGACCCGAUAUCGUUCACUUUCAUUAAGCAUGUCGUGGAACUGAAAUAUUUUCACGGUAACUAACAUUUUAGAACACGCUGAAUUCAAAUCCGAAAAGUUGCCGCUCGGUAGACCCGCAGUUUUUUCACAAAUUGCAUUUGUAUUUUCAGUUCUUCGACGAACAAAAAUAAACACGCGCCAUUUUGAAAUUAAAUAACAUCACUCAGAGUAUGCCGUUUAACCCGUUUAACCGAAAAUAUUUCAGUUCCACGACAUGCUUAAUGAAAAUCGUUUUCUAGGCAUAUUUUUAGGUCACGGCAAGCGGCCUAUUUUAUCUGGAUAUGAUCUAAGACCGAUAUGUAAAUAUCAUAAUUAUGUUUGCAGAACCGAACGUUUUAAGAAUUCGUUUUUACCUCCAAGUAUAUUAAAGAUUAACAGUAAAUAAGUUUUUAGAAAUGUAAAUAAUCUUAAAUAUGUAAUUAUUAGGUAAUUUUAACUUAUCCUCUUAAUUUAUGUAAUACUGGUGUAAUUUAACCUUUUUGGGUUACAAAGUCAGUAGUCAUUAAAUCAAUUCAAUUCAAUUCAUGAUUGAAUAGCAAGGUUGCAGGAGCCUGGUGGGUUACACCAUGGGGCGUAGCUCAGAAAUUUCUGAGAAAUGUAGACAGGUUUUGUUUCCAAGACCUGCCUUCAACUUUCGCAGUUCUAGCUGUUUGUUUUUAAUAUUAUCAUCAACCGUUCGACUUCUCCGUUUGCCUUGGGCCAAUAGGGCGUUAUUCGCUGAUUUUGGAAACCAAGAUGAUCAGCAAACUGAUUGAAUUCUGUACUAUUCAAAUUGGCCAAACACGCCGCGGAAGCUGAUUAACUAAUGGAAUUUGAGUAAUUAACGUUGUUUUAUGAAUAAAUAAUGAUGUAUAAUGCAUAAAACCCAGCCUAGUCCCAGGCUCUCUUUCUAUUCGCUGCUUUGAUAUUUUUAAAUAAGUCUUAAAAGUUUUAUGCCUGGGUGUGUUGUGCGGAACGCAUCAGCGAGAGAGCCUAUGCCUGGUUACCAAGCAUACUCAUUUGUAAAUGGAAAAUGUUAUGGAAAUUUCCUUUGCAUUUAUAAUAAAGUCAUUAGUUUUGCUCUAAUGCUGUCGGAACAAUGAAAUAGGCUACGUUUCGCUACAAUACGGUCAGAAUGGAAUAAAGGGCUAAAUAUGACUCGUGUUCACUAAAAUAUAUAGCCAUAUUAAAUGCUAUCUAGAAGCUUGAAAAUUAUGCCGAAUCUCCGACUAAGAAUGUUUUGACAACACCGUCAUGUCAGGCAAAUAUUUCCAAUCUCCUCAGCAAUUUAAACCUGUCAAGUAGAAAGCGUAGUUGUGUAUACCAGUAUGGUCUAGUGUUGAUCACAACUUGCGAGUACAUAAAUAACAUCAACGAUUGCUCAAACUCGGUAUCGUAAAUUUGUAUAUAAUUCUUUUUAGUUGAGCACAUUUUUAAUACAGUUUGAUUUGGUUAUGUAGACAUAGAACAUGUACAUGAUGAACGAACAUUGUCGUAUUUUUAAUUAAAAGGUUAUUUGUAUAUAUAAAUUUUCCGCCAUAUUAAAAAUACUGGGUUGUUUACCAUUUACAUGGAAAUUCCGGUGAUUCCAUACGGAAAGUAAAUGGAACAAGCAUAUUUCGACGGUCCAACCGGAAUUUUUCUGGAAUAAACGGUUUGUUUGAAAAGGUUGUCCUUUCUUACCGAUUGGAAAGUUUCAACCCGUAAAUGUUGUUCCAUUUACAUUUUUAAUUUUUUUUUACCAGUUCCAGGCUCUUCGCGAUUUAACAAUUGAAAUUAUUAAAUGGAAAGCGAAUAAUCCGAAUGGGAUUUUCUAUCCGAAAUUUUGCUUACCAUUAGCACAAUUUCAAACCGGAUGGGUUUUACGUGUAAAUGGUAAACAACCCUGAAGUCUGCUAGGCGUUCUGAAGCACCUUGAGCGGUGACGUCACACCUAGGUCCCAGUCUCGUACUACAUCCACUUUUUUCUCGCGCUUGCUUCAGAACGACUGGGACUAGGCUGCAUAAAACCCUAGUUUACAGGUUGCAACUGUUCUUUCUGUGCUGAUCGUCAAGACAGAGUAAUGCAAGAUAAAGAAAUUUACAGACAUUACAGUAUGGCUCCAUGCCUGUUCGACCUCCUUGCACGUUUACAAGAAGCGGUACUUGCGAAUUAAUGCUGUUGCCCAACCGAUUGAUCUUGAUUCCGCUCCGCCUCAGGAUGAACCAGUUUCGCCGGUGAAUGAUCCAAUUGAAAAUGAGCAGCUUCAGGCAUCAAACUUGGACUUGGACGUGAUUCUUUUAUUCAUAUUGGUAUUUGUCUGUAUUGUAGCGUGUGUUUUGUUGCUGGUCUAGUUACGAUUUUUGCCCUUUGGGUAGUUAUAUCGCUUUGUUUGCAGAAUAUGAUCGGUGUGGCGAAGUUAUUUUUUGUUGUAUAACGCAUGCAUGCAUGGUUCACUCGUGGGCGGCUGAUCGGAAAAUACGGCCGCCUCUUUUCUGUGUGUGUUUAAGGAUCGCUUACACUUGUGGUUUUAGUUACAGUUCUGUUGUAUGUUAUACAUUAUAUCUUCAUUUGAUGUGUAUAACCGUCCUUGUGCGGGGUUAUUUAUCGUCAAGUUCGCUUUCGGUUAUUUCAGUUCAGUGCAUUUCGCAAGAUUAAAUUGUUGAAAAGCAAAAUAGCUAUAGGCUAUGGUGAUUGCCUUUCGUCUUUAAUAAAAUGGUUAUUGGGUGUUGUGUUUUCGUAUGGUAUGGGACGGGAGCGAAUUGCACUGCAUGAUUGCUUCAUUCCGAGCUUCCGUAGUUUAUUGCAUUUGCUUGAGCGAAAGAGGACCACUGUGUUUGCCGUAUGACCAAAGGGCAUCUCGCAAUACAUAAUUGCUUGCUUGCGACCGAGCACAAAUCCUACUAUGGAUUUAGCAGUUGCCAAUGUGUUUGGGGUAUGAGAGAAGUUCCUCUCGCAAUUGCAUGAUUGCUUGCGACCGAGCCCGCGUCGCUACUUAAUUUGGAUUUUAACCAACGUUGCCAAUAUGUGUUUGGCGUGUAAGAGAAGUGCAUCUCGCAAGUGCAUGAUUUCCUGAGACCGAGCACGGAUAUAUCGCGACUGAAUUUGGAUUUUAAACAAAGUUGUCAAUGUGUUUGGCGUAUGAGAGGGGUGCAUCUCGCAAUGCAUGGUUGCUUGGGACCGCGCACGGGUAGCUGCUGAAUUUGGAUUUUAAACACACUUACCAAUGGGUUGGCGUAUGCGAGAAGUGCAUCUCGCAAUGCCAGAUUGCUUGAGACCGCGCACGGGUACAUAUACUGAUGUGGAUUUUAAACAAAGUUGUCAAUGUGUUUGCCGUACGAGAGACGUGCAUUUCGCAAUGCUAGAUUGCUUGAGACAUAGCACGAGUAGCUACUGAAUUUGGAUUUUAAACAAAGUUGCCAAUGGGUUUGGCGUAUGAGAGAAGUGCAUCUCGCAAUGCUAUAGAUUGCUUGAGACCGAGUAACUAAUGAAUUUAGAUUUUAAACAAAGUUGCCAAUGUGUUUGGCGUACGCGAGAAGUGCAUCUCGCAAUGCUAGAUUGUUUGAGACGGAGCACGGGUAGCUACUGAAUUUGGAUUUUAAACAAAGUUGCCAAUAGGUUUGGCAUAUGAGAGAAGUGCAUCUCGCGAUUCUAGAUUGCUUGAGAUCGAGCACGGGUAGCUACUGAAUUUGGAUUUUAAACAAAGUUGCCAAUGGGUUCGGCGUAUGAGAGAAGGGCAUCUCGCAAUGCAUGAUUGCUUGAGACCGAGCACGAGUAGCUACUUAAUUUGGCUUUUAGACAACGUUGCCAAUGUGUUUGGCCUAUGAGAGAAGUGCAUCUCGCAAUGCAUGAUUGCUUGAGACCGAGCACGGGUAGCUACUGAAUUUGGAUUUUAAACAAAGUUGCCAAUGUGUUCGGCGUAUGAGAGACGUGCAUCUCGCAAUGCUAGAUUGCUUGAGACGGAGCACGAGUAGCUAUGGAAUUUGGAUUUUAAACAAAGUUGCCAAUGGGUUUGGCGUAUGAGAGAAGGGCAUCUCGCAAUGCUAGAUUGCUUGAGACCGAGCACGGGUAGCUACUGAAUUUGGAUUUUAAACAAAGUUGCCAAUGUGUUUGGUGUAUGAGAGAAGUGCAUAUCGCAAUGCUAGAUUGCUUGAGACCGAGGACGAGUAGCUACUGAAUUGGGAUUUUAAAUAAAUUUCCUAAUGUGUUUGGCGUAUGAAAGACGUGCGUCUCGCAAUGCUAGAUUGCUUGAGACCGAGCACGAGUAGCUAUUGAAUUUGGAUUUUAAACAAAGUUGCCAAUGUGUUUGGCGUAUGAGAGACGUGCAUCUCGCAAUGCUAGAUUGCUCGAGACCGAGCACCAGUCGCUACUGAAUUGGGAUUUUAAAUAAAUUUCCUAAUGUGUUUGGCGUAUGAGAGAGGUACAUCUAGCAAUGCCGGCAUGAUCAGUGUUUGCGACAGAGCACGGGUACUGUAGCUAUUGAAUUUGGAUUGUCGCUUAUUCUCUGCGUUCAUUAUCGCUUGUCCAUGCUAGUCCACCUAUCGCUUUUCACUUGCAUUUUUUUUCAUACUGUCCAUUGCCGGUUUGUUUGCUUGAUAGAUUAUAGUUUGGUUUGUGUGUGUGGCACAUGCGAAUCGGCGGGGUUGUAGGGUAUUUGAGAAUGGGGGUUUGGUAUAUGAGAAUGGGGGUUUGGGUAUAUGAGAAUGGGGGUUUGGGUAUAUGGGGGAGAUGUAGUGUUGGGAGCGAGUAGUAACUGAAUUGCGGAGGAAUUCAUUUCCGUGCUUCAUUUGGAAACAAUGGACCUUCCUUUUCCCCAACAAUCCUCACAUAGUCUAUUUCUGGGGUAGCAUCAUUCCCUAGUAAUCAAGUAUUCAGUAUUAAAUAGGUGUUUGUACUGGAUCUCCAUUUAUAAUUUUAAAUAGCUAUAUAGAAAGAAUAUUUCCAAGUGAAUACUGAAUAUUUUCACUAUAAAACUGUUCUUUAAUAUCAAAACAAAUUUGCAUCUUGCCCCUGUUUUAUUUAAUAUCAGUAAGACUGUAAUACAUACAGUCAUAAAUGUGCAUUUUAAAAAAUAUAAUUAGUUUUUGUUAAAAACUAACAUGUACUUUAAAGUUUAAAGUUUAAACUAGAGAGAUGAUUAGGCUUUUAUUAUAGAAUACGUAUUAAACUUUCAGAACUUUGAUAUGAGGUUGUUUUAUAUUAAAAUGCAAAAUUCCAUGUUGGGGCAGUUUUAAUAAUACUAGCAGAGUAGCAGUGAGUAUAAAUGCACUAUAUUAUUGUACGUGCGCCUGCACUCUAACAAAAUGCAGCCUAUUCUAUUGAUCCAAGUUAAAUUAAAAUGCUAUAAAUAAAUUCACCUAUAUAAACUUUGCCGAGCAAAGUUCACAACUCACAAGUCACAACGAAGCGUGUUCACAUAUCGCCAUGGCCAGAAAUGAAGCCCAACAUGGCUGCCAAGCAUGGAAGAGAUUAUUUCGCUGGCCUCAAAGUGACAAAACGUAACAAAGCAACGGUUUUACUAACACUAGCCCUACUCCAAACACCAACUCUAACCCUAACCCUAAUCCUUACCCUAACCCGAAUCUAACCCUACUCCAAAUUUGUUUCUAAACCAAUCUUGAAGAAAAAAGUUUUGACGAAAUGUCACUCUGAGGUCAGCGAAAUAGUUGACGCCGCCAAGCAUGCGCAUUUUGACUCAAAAUAAAAAUUCAAAAUGGCGUCUUCUUUUAUAAUUUGAAUGGGAAUAAUGUAAGAUUUGUAUUUUUGGUAACUUACGGUUGAGAAAUCCAAAAUGUGCAUAUCUAAAACUUCACCGAUUCGGUCAAACUUUUAUCCGUAAAAAAAUUGGUACAACUCGAGUUGUCUAAGUAUGUUCCCGAGCAUUCAAUAUCUUUGCCUUAAUCUCUGUAUAGGAAAGUAUGUGAUUUCGACAUAUUAGGUAUUUUGCAGGUCCAAUUUCAACUCAUUCUUUGCAGAUAUCGUCAAAUGUGCAUAUCUGAAUUGCUUCAUACAGUACUCCUUUUUAUUAUUGUCACUUGUAUGAAGCGUAAAAGUGUACACUAGUGUGUUCCCCAAAGCGAUGAAUUGCAUGUAUUUCUAAAGAGGCGUUUGUCCAAUUGUGAUGAGAAAUGCAGCAUAUUUUGAACAUAAAUAUCACAAAUUUCGCACCAAGAGUUAUAUUUGUUGUCCGCCAUUGCUUUUAUAAAGCUGUUGCUACGUUACAAUGGUUUUAACCGCUGUCAUUAUAGGCUGUAGUCUCAUAAACAUCCUAAAAUUCGCGGGAUUUCGCAAUAAAUGUGAUUUUCCUACUUCAAAACAUUUAUUUGACUAUUGAAUAUUGGUAGACUUUUGAAAUUUGAGCAUCGAUCAAGACUCGGUUGGCGUGAAGUUUGUUAUAUUUAAUAAUUUUGCUUGUUUUCUAUAUAUCUGGUUGAAUUUGCAUUGUCGGAUAUUCCGCCUUUGUGCCAUAUGCAUACUUGUUUGCAAUGGAAAUUAUGUGUUGAAAGCCAUUCAUUGGCUUAUCUCUUCUUAUUUUCAAUUUAUAAAUUUGCCGUGCUCAGAUUAAUUAUCGGUAAAACUCACUGAGCUAUACUAGUAAAAAUCACUAACUAAAUAAACAGCCAUUUUGUAUUGGCCAAACUGAACCACUGAUCUGUAUAGUGCACUGAAUUAUCAAGAAAACAUGAGCCCGCACGCCUGACCGCUUGAUGUCCUCCAUUUCUGGCCAUGCGUCUUGUUAACAAAUUUUCUUUGCCAUUAUUGCUCAGAAUUUUAUGACAUUACGUGUACAUGUAUAGCCAAAAGUUGCCUAGUUGUUUUGCUGUUCAUAAAAUAUAUGGAUGGAUGUAAAAAGUUUUUAAAAUCCACCAUUGCAUUUUCGAAAAAUAUCGCUCUUGCAUUUUAGCAGUCUUCCUGUUGUAGUUCAACCCCCUUGAAACCAAAUUUUUACUAUAAAAACGUCACAAACUGUUUAUUUUUUCAACCAAUUGAAUCGCAUAAUUUCUUUGAAAAUAUGAAGAAUGAAAUAACCUCUAGCAUCCCGCAUGGUGACAACAAAAUUUUCGUAAAACCAUGAAACGUUUGUGCAAAUUUUUCAGCUCUCUUCCAGUCUUGAAAACAAAAUUUAUGAGCGGAUAUAUAGAAAAAUUAUCAUGCAGAGUUUAAUGUGGUAUAAUAUUUUAUCAUGUUUUAUUUACGUGUGGGAAGUAUUUUGCGUUCUGCCGAAGUCGUAUUCGUCAGUUGAGAUAGUUGCCAACCUUAUAUAUAUGAACAAUGCUUUUCAUUGAGUGCUUGCGGCGCGCGACAAAUGACAGAGGAAUGGAGUGACCUUAAAGGGGCAAUGUCACGGUGCUACUGCGCAUCCAAAAUAUGCGCGAACUUGAAAAACUGUCUGCCAACAAUUAAUCAAGUUUGGAGUGAAAUACGAUACUGCUGAGGAACUAGACGAUACUAUUUAUAAUCUCUUCGUUAUUCAGCACAUCCCGUUAUGUAGCAUAAAAUUCAAGACUGAUGCUUCUUAUCCAAUCAUGUACUAUUAAUCUUAAACGUAUUUUUACUGGAUAUUUUUAUCGGUUGUGAUAAAAAACAGCUCACAACAUGGAGUCAACAACAUCAAAACAUGGCGGUACUCGUGCAGGAAGCGGAAGACCUUUAUUAUCACCAAAUUCGUUUAAGAAAGGCGAGGCAAAACGAAUAUUAUACAAAGAAAAGUGGCAUUCCCAUCACCGAAGAAUUGCUUUAGAGAUUACGGUACACGAAAGCUGGAAAAAGAUGAAAACAUUAUGCGGAUACAAGGGUGACACCGCAUUUGCCAUGCACUUGUUGUCAUUGGAACUGAAGAGACAAAACAAGUAUGUAAAUGAUUUAAUGCAUGAUCAGAUCUGUAUAUGGUUUUUAAAAUUGUUUUGCAUUAUACAGCAAAAUGUUAAUCGUUGUUUGAAUAUUCGCUUGCAUUUUUAAUAAGGAUCGGCAGGAAUACGCGAACCAAUCGCAAAGGAAAGCAACGAGCUGCGAAGUCGAACCCAAAAGCCAUGAUUGAAGAGAUAGACGUAAAUAUGGACAGUGAACAAUGUAAGUCUUACCUCCACAUGACUAUUGUAAGGAACUAGAAAGAAUAUAUAGCAUUUGUUUUAAUUUCUCGAUGUAUUUUGUUUUUAUUCACCUAAUUGGCUAAUAAUAGUACUAUAUUUUACUUCUGCAGUUGAUGUGCCCCCUAUGUUUUCUUCGACACCAAUAAAGUCGAAACCUCUAGAGAAGACAACUGAGUUACAUCUUAGUAUGGAUUCCAGCGAGUAAGCCAACUAAUGCAAUUUAAUUUAAAUAAGAUUAGAGUAUAUGUGUCUGUGGUCAUAAUUCAAUUAAUUUAUGAUGGUGAAUAUCAUUGUACAGUAUUAAAUGUAUUUUGUACAUUACACUUAUUUAUAGAUCAGAAGAAGAUGAUAUAGUAGACAUUACUGGUUUAUCACAAUCUUCAGAUAACUUGAAUCAAAGUUACAGGAUUUUAGAUGACACAGUAUCUGUACAUCGCUCAUCACCAUCGGGGAGCAGUUCAAGUGAUGUGGGCAGUGAUUCAGACCUGAAUUCAUUAUCUGAAUGUUCAUUGAGUGAUGAAGACAGUGAUGGAAAUAGUGAUAAAGACAGUGAUGAAAAUAUAAUGUGAGUCAUAUAGUAUUGUAAGUCUUGUUUACACUACCAGCCUUGGCCUGGCAUUGGCCUACAUUUUGACAGAGUGAAAACAGACCUUGGGCCUUGGCCUGACCUAGGCCAAUAAAUCUGGGCUCACUACAACUGUUGGCCUAGUCCUGGCCUAGGCCUGUGGAAGUGUAAACACUUUCAGCCCUGGCCUGGGCAUUAUUUCCGUGGCAACGUGUUCUUGCAGUGAGAGAUUAGCGGCCACCAAUGGACAAUGUAAAAAAGUCUAGGCCAAAGUGAUCCAGUCUAAAAAAAAACACACAGUGUAAUGGUGUAAAUACACCACAUUUACCUUGGUCCAGCCAAGGUUAGGCCAAGGCUUGUAGUGUAAACACAACUGUAGUUUGUAUGGAUGAAAAUCAAUGAAACUCAAAAACUCAACAUACUGGUAGUAAUUAAGCUGUUAAUUUAUAACCAGAUGGACCUAUGACUUAAAUUCUUAUAAAAAUGGCAAUGCUGUGUCUGUUAAGGUUGCUUUCCAUCCUAAAUUAUUAAAAAUUACUUUUACCUAAAGAUCUUUGUGGUGCAUGUCUGAGCUUACUAUAAUUCAUUAUACAUAGCUCUCAUGGUGGUUAUGUAAUUGAAUAAAUUGUUAUCUAUUGAAUAUAUUGGAAAGUGAACUGUAAGGAGACUACUUCUAAGGCUAUGCAAUGAAACAAAGCUUAUAUACAUGCACUGAAAAUUUUAUAUAGAAAAAUGUCUGUUAAUUAAAAUAAGGGUCAUAAUUCUAGCCAUUGCUGGAAACAAGAUAAAAUGUGCUGGUUGGAUGGGGCUUAGUAAACGACAACUAUUUCACUGAAAUGUUUGUCAUUUUGCAGGUUCUUUGAAAUUGAAGAGGAAGAUGAGCAUGGUGAAACAUCUGACAUACUAGUGCAACCACCUCCCCUCCCCUCUGAUAUUUGUGAAUCAUCUACAUCUGAUCAUUAUUUUGUAUCUGAGCAACCCAGGCAGUCUCCACCAAAAACAUUUUUGGCCUCCAAUGUUAAACCAAGAUCACAUGAACUGAAUAGGGAAGAACAUAACGUAAAGCACGAAGAGCUGAUUAAACUUGCUAAAUCGACCAAAAUAAUUUGCACACUAGAUUUGUUGCUUCAGAUCUUUCAAGAGAAAUGCAGGCAUCCAGCAUGCAAUGACAAAGUGUAUACAAAGCACACUUUAAUUGGCACAUGUGUACUGAUUGAGUGGACAUGCCAUAGUGGUCAUGCUGGGAAAUUCUACUCUUCUUAUGAUUGUAAUCGGAUUGCUGCCACAAAUCUGCAAACUGCAGCAUCCAUUUUGUUAUCAGGAAACAAUUUUUAUAAAAUGGAGAAGUUUGCCAGAUUCUUAGGGUUGUCAUUUAUUUCAAGUUCAACAUUCUUUCGUUUCCAAAGGCUUUAUUGUUUACCAGUUAUAAAUGAGUGGUGGGAAUGGCAUAAAGGUUUUCUGCAGAACAAACUAAGAGGGAAGAAAAUUGUGGUGUCUGGGGAUGGUCAGUGUGACUCUCCAGGCUACUCGGCUAAGAACCUGUGCUAUUUUCUGAGGGAGAUGGAAACAGAUUACAUUAUUGACCUUCAUAUUGCUGAUAAAAGGCAAACUGAUCUAAAAUCAGUUAAUAUGGAACGUGAAGCACUGAAAAUUAUUUUAAACCGAAUAAAAAAUGUCCUUGAUAUUGGAGAGGUUGUCACAGAUGCUUCAUCUAGUAUAAUCAAGAUGUUAGGUGAAUAUUUAAUAAUAUUUCUUUGGAUAAUACUAAACUUAAUGACCAGUGGAAAAGCCAGCCCAAGAAUUUGGUCAUGCAAUGCAAAUUUGUAAUCAUUAUUCAUUUCUUUGGAAAUUGAUUGUUUUCACAGUCUAUUAACAUGGAAAUAUUUGCAUUGUAUGACCAAAAUGUGGGCAGGCUUCACCACUGUUAAUGAUAUGUAUUAUUAAUCAGGAUGGUGAAAGUUAUCAUUUUAAUUUUUUUUAUGUAGAGGAUGAAUUUAAGAAUAUCUUUCAUUCAUUGGAUGUUUGGCAUAAGUCUAAGAAUAUUAGAAAGGCCAUUACCAAGGUUUGUAACAAAACUAAUGUGCCUGUUGAUAUGUCAAUGACAUUUUGUUAUUUUCUUUUCCAUCCAUACAAUUUUUGCAGAAAACCAUUACCUCUGGCAGGCGAUUUUGUUUUCACUCCUGUUUGUUUGUCUGUCUUUUAAUGCGUAAACAAUUUUUAAGAAACGCAAAGAAUAUUCAUAGGCGUACGGAACAGGGGGGCAACGCCCCCCCCCCCCCCAAAUUUUGAAACACCAUGGAAAUUCAGGCAAAUGCUGGAAAAAUUAAGACAACUCGGGCAGAUUUAUUAGAAAAUAGGUUAAAUUCAGGCAAUUUCAUUGCAAUCCUCCAUAAAAAUUUGGGCAAACUUUCACCUGCAUCCCCCCUGGAAAGCAUCAGUCCUGUAUGCCUAUGAGAAUAUUCAUAUGCCAGAGAUGAAACCAUUACAUUUUGGUUAAUGUUGGAUAAGAAUCAGAUGAAAUAUUGACGAAAUUCAGCCUUACAGGCAAGCUUUUAUGGGUUAUGCAAAUUAUGGUAUGCAAAUUACUGUAGGUCAUUGAAGAGAGUUAACACAUACCACAUAAUGUUGGUUUGUUGCCUAACGUAAGAUCAAUAGUAGAGCAUAUUGGCAGAAGUUUGCAUUCUGGAGGAGUGCUUUCUAGUUUUAAUCUUAUAGAUUGCAAAAUCAAAGGAAAACAAAAAAAUUAUGGACUGGUGUGAUAAAAUCAUUAAACACUUUUGGUACUGUUGUGAAGUAGCCUCCAAGAAUGAAAUGACUCAGGAUGAAGCUGUGAAGGAAAUGAAGGUAAAUGUUCAUCUCUAAGUUUUUUUCCAUAAUCAUUAAGACAUGUGUUCGAUACAUUGUGCCUUAAAAUUAAUAAUUGACUGGGUCACAUGAUAUACAUUAAUAUGUAAGCAACGCAUUCUGAUCGACUGCUGCUACUAUACAAUAUUUAACAAAAUAUAAAACAUUUUCCAUGUUGAUAUACAGUUAUAUCAACAUGAGUGGAAUUGGGAAAACGAGAAAUUGUAUGGAAACACGACACCUGAAAGGGGGAGUGUUUUCAUACAAUUUCGAGUUUUCCCAACUUCCACGAGUGUUGAUAUAACUAUAUAUCAAUACGGAAAAAGUGCUUUAUAUAUUUUUAUAAUAUAGCAAUGUCAAAAGCCCGAAGGAUAAAAAAAAUUUCCGUGUUUACAAGCAGCAGAAAAUUUCCUGUGUCGACAUUGAGUUAUAUCAACAUGGCUCUUAGCCAAUCAGCGUUCAGAAUUUACAAAUGCUAUACUAUAAUAUAAUUUUGUUUGCAGGAUAAGUGGUUUGGUCUGCUUCAUCAUGUGUGUAAUACACAUUCCUGGCUAGGAGGAAGAUGUGGACAUGGAGAGUUACCUGAAGAAAGAAAUGUGGAAUGGUUUGAUAGAAGAGAGGAGGUAUUCAAGACUCUUCAGAAAAUCAUCACCAAUCCAAAACUACUUGACACCUUCAGAUUCUAUACUCGUUUCAGGUAAAAAAAUGCAUUACUUUUUUAGGUAUUAAUAAGCAUUAGCAAUGCGCCAAAACGUGCUCUACUUUAUUAUUUUACUCUGUCUAAUGUCAAACGAUUUUACUUGUCAAUGGGAGAGUUUUGCACAUUAAUGGCAUUUUUAUUAUGGCAUUUCAAGCUAUUGCACAGAUUUUUUCUAUUUUUCUAUUUUAGGCACACAGGUAGCAUAGAAUGUGCUAAUAAUUUGUCACUGGCAUACUGUCCAAAGAGAUGUUCUUUUAAGUAAGUAGUAUUUUUCGAGCUUCCUGAUUUAUACAGCCAACAGUAAGUCAAUGAUAAGCAAUUUAAUGUCUUGACAUGGUUGAAAUAGUUUGUUGCAUCUGCUGAUGUUACAGGUUUCCAGUGUUUACUGCCAGAAAACAGUUAGCUGCUAUCGACUGGAAUUACCAUAAGGACUUACCUGCAAACGAAUUAGAUUCUCGUCCUGGAGAGGCGAUGGUAAGCCGAAAGUACAACCAAAGAACAAAAUCAUGGGACUCGAAGAUCAUUAAAAAAGCAAAGGACUAUGCAUGUGUUACCUUGAUGGUGGCAAAAAUACUUGACAGUAGGAUGGCUGACAAAAAGAGUGUGAAACGGAAAGUUCAUUUGAGUGAUGAUGAUCCCAGAAAAAUCAGUGCAACAAUUGCAGGGGUUGCCCCAGAAGAUUCAAGGACACUUCAUCAAAGGAAAGUGAGCAGGUUUCAGAAUUGUUGAUGGAUGUGCUAUGUCAGUUAUUGUGAAACUGCUCCAUCACAACAAAAUCUUUCUUUUUACUGAAUAAAAAUUAUUUAUACCACAUAUCUCAAUGUUCUCGAUAUCCCAUAUAUACACCAGUUGGAGAUGGAUAAUGUCUUCUAUUGCACGUCACCACACAUGAUGGGGCCACUUUUCUGUUUCCUUUACCUAAAUAUCCAUAUGUAUCUAAGAUAUAAUGUCUGUAUGCCUGCUUUCUAAAUGCCCUGGUGCUAUUAUCAUGUGGGUCAUUCCGGAUAUCACCAACAUUUCGGCUGCUAAGUAGCAAAAAUUCUGGGUCAAGACAAAGUUUUCUAAAUCUUCUUGUGUUUGUAACACACUUCUUGUGCUUACAGCACUUGUUUUCAAUUGCCUGGGGCAUGAUAAAGCAAUGAUCACAUCUGCACCAAUCAGGAACAGGUUCCUGUCUUGCAUUGCUGUUUGAUGGUGAUGAUGCUUCCUGGAUAUUCUGUUGUACAGGUGGUACUUCAUCCUCAUCACCAUCAUACAUUACAAUCAUCAUGCUAUGAAUAUAAUCCAUACUGCCAACCCCCUUUUGGAGGACACACGUUGCAAGCUGUUUAACCAUAUCAGCAUCCAAAGUAUCAAGAAAUGCCUAAUAAUUUGAAAUAAUGUAAUAUGCAUUAUAAGUUAUGCUAAUAAAUAGGUUUUUAUGAUGGCCUCUUUGCAAGUUGAGGGUAUUUUUAGACACAUCCUAGUUGAAGGGUUUUUAUGUACAUUGGGGGUUAAUUAUGAUGUGAUAGGCCACAAAGUAAAAUUUUUGCCCUGUCCCUACACAAACUCUCAUUGCAGCCCUAUUCAAUUUCUAUGUACCUGAAACAUAUAGAGAAAUUCAGACAGAAAUCAGUAAUUUUGAAGGUAUUAAAACAAAAUCACCUGAUAUAUCUAAUUAAAAGCACACGAUUCUUGAUUCUCGGCAUUACUCCAUUAGUUUGUGAAACACUAUGCAAAUUUGUUUAUGUUGAAAAUAUGAUUCAAUCAUCCACGACAUAAUUAUGUCCUUUAAAUAUAAAACAAGGCAGCUUUUGCAAAGUGCACAGACUACAUUAUAUUCAAGUUUGAAAAUUUUAUACUUGCAUUUUUUACCUUAACUUGAUUGUUUUCCAAUCUGUUUUCAUCAUCCUCUUAUUGUCUUAAAGCAGGUGUUGAUAGAUCAUUUGACUGGUCAUCAUGGCUACUUUGGCCAGCAGAUUGGGAUUUACUUCUCUUCUUUUUUGGUGGCGGAACAUAUCCUUCCUGCAUAACAGAUAAUAAACAAUCAACCGACAUCAUAAACAGUUGCAACAAAAUAUAUGAAAAGAUAAAACAUAUGAAACGAAGUAUACAUGUAAGGAAAUGCAUAACAGAGCUUAUAAUAUAUACAUAUAUGCUAUAUAAAAUCUGCAUAUAUGCGUAUAUACAUACAUGCUAUAUAAAAUCUGCAUACGUAUUUCCCAAAUAUUUUAUGCAAAAUAGGCGCAAUACAGUGUUGAGUUACUUAUGUAAAAUGAACAAACCUACCUUGUUUAUGCAUGAUUUCUCUUUAUUUCCACAUACACAUAACUGAGAACAGUAACGACCAGCUGUUCUGCAGGGGCAACCCUUCUUCUUUUCGCCAUCUUUCUUCGAGCACGUAUUUCUGCAUUUGCAGUCUGACAACUGGCAAGAAAUUUAAUAGUGACUAACUAGUUUAUUCCGAGAAAUAACACAAUUAUAUUAAAAUAAACAAAACUUACCUUUUCAUUUAUAGACGAAGACAUUAACAAGGUCAUAUAUAUUAAAAAGCAGUGAAAUCUGAGUUUGCUGAAUAAAGUCAAUUUCAUUUGUGUUACACAAAGUACAAACAUUUUGCUGCUGAUCAUGAGGACUUUGCGCCGUUUAUUUUAGCCAAUCAGCGCCGUGACACUGCCCCAUUAAUAUAAAUUGACAUUUGGAAGCAUUAUUUUGGUGCAUUCUAUACACGCCGUUUUAGGCUGCCUAUGGUUUGUCCAUAUCUGUUCUUGUUGCUUAAAGCCCUUCUGAAAACGACCUGAUUCGGUAAGUUUCUUUAAAAUAAUUAUUAUUUUACAGUUUUUACAAGGCAAAAGGCAUGUUUUGAACAAAAACUAUAACAUUAAUGUCAUCUGAUUGUGGAACGUUUUAAUAGCUCGUACGAUUUUAUAGGUUUGAUGAAACUAAAAAAGCAAUCCGCCUUGAAACACAACCGAACUUGUUAAUAUUUGUAUAUUUUGAGCUAUAUAGCCUACUACUCUCAUUACUGCCUGUUGUCUGCAGAAUAAACCGCCGAAAAACUUUCAUAUUCAUUGUCUGUUUAUCUUAAUACUAUUGUUCGAAGACAACAAUAUUGUCAAUAUAUUAAUGAAUUUGUAUGUUUUGGAAUGUGCCUUGAAUUCCUUUGCUUUUUGAAAACAGAAAUCUAGCAGAAACAAUCAUAAAUGUAAUAUUGAAUUUUGCUGUUUAUAGUACACGGCUAAACACAAGCAAAUAAAAAGGAAAUGGGAAGUUUCGAACAGAAACUACAAUAUAUUUUGUCGAUGUUUAGUUCUGUUUUGGAUUUUGAAACAAAAACAUUAGUAGCCUAGUUUAUUCUAGAAUAUACUUACGGUCAGAAAAAGCCGAAAAGUUCCUUGCCUAUAUCCAUGCUUAUUUUUCUUAAUAUUAUGGAUUCUCAAAACCAAAAUAUUAGCGAAUUUGUGCUCCUAUACGAUUUGAAAUAUAGUGCCUUCAUUGAGUUGCUUUUGAAGUUUUGUUUUGAAAAAAAAUCGAGCAUUCAUGGCCUAGAAAUCGCUCCUCCGCCGCGUCGCCGUGAAUGUCAGUUGAUUUUAAAGCUAGAUUUCAAGUGCUUCUACUAAAAGUAUAAAAAUAUUUAAUUUUGUUGAUGCAUGCUAUGCACCUAAGUAUAUUUCCUUCAACGAUAAUUAUUGAUUAGUGAUACAUUUUAGUGUAAAAAUUCAGAAUAUUUUCGAGCUAAUCGUUAAUAACAUUAUUUUGAGGUCGAAACCGCAAGAGGUACGGUAAUUAAGUAUUCCAAGCAUUUAAAUUUAAGUCGCACAGUGUGUCUGGGCUACUAUGCUCCACAGCGUUAGUAAUUGCAAGUAAACCAAGACGCUUUGCAGUGUUAUAUGAUAACAAAGAACCUUCAAGGCGACCGUUGUUGCUAAGAACAAAAAACUCAGCAGCUUCAUUUCGUUUGCGCGAUUCUACAGUAGCAGUAAACUUUCCAAGGACACGGGGAGACUUUGUAGGGGUAAAUGUUGAUAGAACUGUGUUGCAAUUUCACUUUCGAUUUGAGGGAUUCAAAAUCCUAAUUUUCUUCGAGUAAAUUAACUGUCGCCCCAGUGUCAAUAACAAAUUUAACUUUGGCUAGGUCUUGAAUCGGUAAGUUAACCGCUGGAUGUUUGGUAUUUUCGUCUGUAUCUUGCACCAUAAACGUAUAGUCAUCCAACUUGGAGUGUUCACUGGUGGUGUCACUUGCGAUUUCUUCGUUUACAUAUUUGACCGUCUGCCGUUUGUCACUUUCAUAGCGGCCAUGCUGUUGUUUUUGUGGAGACGAACCACAGAUAUCUUAUAUACACUAGAUAGUGCAUCUAAUUAUUCUGAAAUUCAAAAAUUGAAGCCGUGAUUGCAGUCUCAGGUCGUUCCCAUGAAAUGAGAAGAUUCGUAUGUUUUCUAUUUCUCAAACAGGAGACUUAAACAUUAAGUUAACCCUAUUACAAAUACGUUUUUAAACUAUUCAAAUGAUGAAAGUUAUUGUUGUUUUUAAGCGUUUAUUAGCAAGUGGGAACGACCAACAUGGCCGCCAUCUAUUCAAAUGGGGGUAACCGCUGUAAUAUUCUUGGCUUCAAUUUUACUAAAAGAGAUGCGCUAUCUAGUGUAUAUAAGAUAUCUAUGAGACGAACCAGUGCCUUUUUAACUAUAUAUCCGGGGGGCGCCCCCCCAGGGAAAGAAUUUGCCCCCCCCCCCAGUAAAGCCAUUUCUGCCCCCGAAGUGUGAAGCAGAAUUGCUCAUGAUUGCUGUCAGAAUUGCAGUUGAUUUACUUGAUAAUGAGAUUAUGCCCUUCCAUAGCCUCCUCCACAGCCAUCUUGUGUGUAAUUCAUAUUGUUCUUCACCGAGUAUUUCAUAAUAGCGAUAGAUUUCAUGCAAACAAUCCGAUAAAAUGCUAACCUUUCCAAGCCUUUCGACUAUUUCCUAGCACUCUCCUCCGCAGAGACGUUUUGUUUUGUUUUGUUUUGGGAGGAUUAAUUGAAAAUUUUUUUUCUUAAAAAUAACAAGUUACAUUAAGAACCCCCCCCCCCCCAUCGACACAAGAGCCAUUCUCUUAAAAAGGCUAAAUCCGCAGAGAAAUUGGGGGGGGGGCGGGUGGGGGGGUGCAUGUUACAUGCUCUAAGCUGAAACUGAUUAAGUACGUCUCGACUGAGAAAAAAAGACGAUAUACUGGAGGAACUUGAUUUGUGAAAUCUCGUUAAAGCAGUUGUAGAUAUGGUUCCAAGAAGAAAAGAUUUAGUUUAAUUUUUUAACUGUUAAAUACAUGUAUGCAUCAUCAUAGCAUAAAUAUUUCUUCUCAGACAUAUUCUGUAUCGUAUGAAAAAGCAACGCAAUUUUUAGAAUGCGGAAAUAGUGUCUCAUAGAACCUAAAAUGAUUUAAAUUCAACAUUUCUGAUCAAAAUCACAUUAGAAUUCCCCCCCACCCCCAGCAUCACAGAGAGGAAAUAAGGUGACACUGACCCCUCCUCCUAUUUUUCAAGGUGACUUUUCCAAUUUAUUUAAUUCCGAGUAGAAAUGUCUGGAAAAAAUCGUGUGUUCGAUGUACUUUAUUAUCUUCGGAAUUCUGCUAGAUUUCACCCCCAAAAUGCAUGAAAUCGCAAUUCAGGGACCCUAGAUUUCAAAAUUUUCCGGACCUCGAACCCUCCUAGACGGUCUCUCUCACGCCUUCGGCGUGAGGUUCGCUCCCCCCGCAAAAUUAAGGUUUGGCUACGCCACUGGUUAUAGCUGUACGAUUAUAGCUACAAAGAGUUGAAGUUAUUGUUUAAAGUAAAAUAUAGCUGAAGUUAAUAAAUUAAAGUUUUACAAAAUCUCUCUUCAGACUCGCGCGUUCGCCAAACCUCGACGGCUCAUAUUUUUCUUUCUGCCUUUUUUUCCUGUUUUGCCCCCCCCCCCAGUGAAAAUUCCUUAAAAAAGGGACUGGUUUCCAUAGUUUGUUACAUUACUUGAUUACUAUCAAUAAUAGCAAAACUUGGUUGAUAGGAAUGUAAGUGCGUGGAAAAUACAAGGGGAAUUCAACUUUUCUAGCGAAGGCCCUUCGUCUGGGAGUUAGUAGGCAAACUUCUCGACGAAGAACUAGCUUCCCGACGAAAGAACUUCGCUCGAAACGUCGAAUUUCUCCCUGUACUUUUCAAGUACAUCACUAUCAGCCAUUUUGUUAUAUAAGAGUUACCAUCUAGCGCAAACAUGGCUUCCACAAUAGUGAAAUAUAAAACAUGAAACACUGAUUGGUUUGGCAAAACAACUCGCCGCGAGAAAGAUGUAGCAGUUUCCUCUGCUCAAAAGAGUUCAUCCCGUACCAUGGGGGUGGGUUAAUUUAAUUUUUCAUUUAUGUUAUUGCUUUCAUUCUCCGGUAUCUGUCGCGAAAUCUCCGAUCUCGCCAAGGGCGCCGGAGCUACGGGGGCAGCGGGGGCAACUGCCCCCGUUGCCGAAAGAGUGCGGGAGAGGCACGGCGUCAACAGGUUGCCCAUUUUCACCAGAACUGCGCUUCGAAAUUUGUGCGUUAUUCGCAUGAAUUGAAAUAUAUAACUAUUUUUAAGCAAUGUUUAACUAGCAAUCCUUGCUUAAUUUUAACCAGUUAUAGUAAAAUUAAUGCCAGAGGCUGCGGAAUCACUUUUGUAUAAUUAUGAUCAAAAUCAAACGAUUUUAAGUCCUUCACGAGCGGAACGAAAAUUUUUGAAAAUAUGGAGUCCCGAGUCCCUAAUGGCCUUUACAGAGUCUUUACUACUGCAAAAAGGACACUUUCUUUCUAGCCCCCCAAAAGAGCAUUUUUUCACUUUUAAAAAAUGGGAAGGCACAUGCCCCCAUUGCCCCCGGUUCUGCGGCCCAUGAUUAAUGCUAAAUCAGGCAAUAUACGUCCGUUUACUGAUUUUAUUUUUCGCCCUUAACAUGGUGCAACAAAUAAAAUUGUUCAAAAUUACUGUCGAAGUUUGCGACCCACAAUAGCCACAAGUAAUCGGGUAUCCAUACAAUAAAGUUUUAACAAAUGUUGCCGCCCAGAAAAAUAAUGGCUCAGAAGCAAGUGCCCUUUUGAAAUGGCUGCCCCCGCCGCUUCACAUUGCUUCCGGCGCCUCCUGGAUCUCGCACAUCAAUAAUCUUUGUUUUUGUAAAGUGGAAACACCACAUGAAAUCUUUCUGGGCGCCAUAUUUUGAUACUCGUGCAAACUCGUGUUGUUUGCAAAUUGUGUGUCUGAAUAUUCUCAUUUUUCUGAUUAGAAAUUUUGUAAGAACCGACGUAUUAUAAAGAUUCAAUAAAGAAAGCUAGACUCGAGAGAACGGUUGGGUGAUAUUUUUAAUCGAAAUUUGACUGCACGUGUGACCAGCCUCAUACCCAGGCGCAAAUAACGUACUAAAAAUAGCAACACUACAGUGUUUUUAUAUAGAUCAGUGGCUAAGAUGAGCGAGCGCGCGGGGGUGCUUGGGGAGGACACGACGAGGUUCUGCAGCUUCGUUUCCCGCGUCUUCCCCCAGCACCCCCCCCCCGUGCUUGCUCAUCUUAGCCACUGAUCUAUAUAAAAACACUGUAGUGUUGCUAUUUUUAGUACGUUAUUUGCGCCUGGAUACGAGGCUGCCCGCAAACGCCAUCUGGAAACGAAAUUAAUGAGUGUUCAUCAAUGGACAAUGAUCGGUGCUCGACCGUCGACGGUUUCGAAAUUUGCGGCGGCGGCGUGGAUUGAGUGAGUCCUGACAGCUUGUCAGUCUAUAAAUUUGGAAAUAUUUCUUCAGAGAUCUUAUCGCGAUAGGAGUGCUCUCUCCUCCGCAGGUUAUUUAUUCUAUUUAUAAUGUUCUUCGGCUCUCUUCGGAUAGUUCUCGGAGUUAAUCGCGAUAGGGCGCUGGACAAAACCACAGAAUAGAUACUGGACCAGAAGUGUCACUCAGACGAUAUUUUGUCCGAAAUUUUACGAGUGAUGACGUGAAAAUACGCCAUCAUAUGACGCCAUCCUGGAGUGCACACGGGAAGUUUUUCAUAGGCCAAACAUAGGUAUAAAGUGCCGUGUGUACUCCAGGAUGGCGUCAUAGCAC